UCACAGUUGAACUUACUGUGUAAAUAUUGGAGGUCUAUGUUGAUGAGACUGUCCACAUGGAUGAAUUUGAAAAAGAAUCGAGUUUCAAGUGUAAACUUCUAUAAGACACUUUUUGUAGGAAAUAUGAGAGUGAAACUCAAAAAGACUUGUCAAGCUACAUUAUCAGAGCAGGUUGACACAGGCUUUAUAGCAGCACUAUAGUGUAGGAGACAGAACAGAUAUUUAGCCUGUUGAGUGAUAACCUAUAGUUAACAUUGGCCUACUUAGACAGCUAUCAGAGACAUGUAUAGGAAAUCACUGAGCGUAGCUUGAAUUCUUAAUAAAGAUGAAUAAUUGAGAAAAUUGAUGAUUUAAAAGAUAUCACAUUCAAAAAGAUAAAGACUAGAAUAUGAACAGUGACUCGUGGAGUGACAGUGAUGGCGAAUGUUAUUUAUCAAAGAAACGGAAAAUGAAUGACAGGGAAUCAUGUUUUACAGCAGCAACAGUUUCUAAUAAUAAUGAAACAAUUUUCGGUCGUAAUUUUGUGCCUGUAAAGAAUAGUUCAUAUGUUUAUCAUACAGAGAACUGGAAAACAAGUGGAACAGCAUUAUUUACCCAGUUAACAGAAGAUUUACUAAUUAAUGUUAAUAAAUUAGAUCAGAUAAGUUGUGUUGAAGGAAAUUAUUUUAUAGCUGAUUCCACUGGGAAUUAUUCUGAAACUGUUUUAGGAAAAGUAUUACAUCUGUGGAGAUAUGAUACAGAUCAAAGACAAUUAUAUAUUUCCCGUUCGUUAUUAUUCACCAAUUUUCAGGAGUAUUUAGUUGUACAACAUCAUUUGCAGAGGAUAUAGAUAUUGAAUGAGUGGUUGGGAGAUGAAAUUGUGAUAAUGAAUGAUAUCUGGAAUAGAUAUAAAGGAAAGCUAAGUUAAGAAAUUCAGCUUUGGACUAAUAUGUGUUCUGAUUGAAUAAGGAUUAUCUGUGACUGUGAAUGAUGUGUAUGUGUGUGUCAGUUUGAAAAUACUCACGUUAUGGACGGAGUAAAUAAGUAUAAACUAAUUGUUGGCUCAUGUUGUUUGGAUUUAAAGUGGAGUUAUCUCCCUUGUAUGAUCAGAUUCUCGUUUGAUUGUUUUUUUUUUUUGUCUUUAUUGUACUAAUAUUAUGUUGUUACUUCCCCUUACACUUUCUGUAAUAAUUCUGUUAUAAUUCUGUAUAAUGUGAUCUAGUUCAUAAUAGUAAUCAUGUUUUAUACAAAAUAAGUUUAAAUGUAAUGCGUUGUCGUCACAUUCUGCAAGUAGAUAUUGAGUCAAAUGUCCACUGUAAGCCUGAUAAAAAGAGUUGACUAUUGUAAAUGAUGAUUAGUCUAAUAUGAUUGAAAUUCAUAAACAUAAUUAUGUUAACAGAUUAAUCAUGGGAAUCAUUCAUCUGUGGUAAAAUUAACUGAAGCAAAUAAGAUUUUGAAUGAAUAUGUUCUAUAAAAGAUUAUGCAAU